AACUAGUCCACCUCAGCAGUUCAGCAGCAUGAGGAAUUACUGUUUUCACAAGAGAAGUUGAUGGUGCUACAAACAACAAAAAGUGUCAUAUUCAAUCAGGAUGGAAAAGGUGAUCAACUGUUUCAAGAGACGGCCAGAUGCUGUGGCCAGGCUGAUCUGCUUCCCCUGGGCAGGUGGAGGGUCCAUUCACUAUGCACGCUGGGGAAACGUCCUCAGCAGCUCCAUAGAAGUGUUUGCUGUCAAACUUCCAGGCAGGGAGAGUCGAGCCAAAGAGCCGUUCUUCCAGAACAUGCAGCAGAUUGUGGAUGAGGUUGUUGGUGCUUUGUUACCGCUGCUGAAAGAGAAGCCCUUUGCUCUCUUUGGCCACAGUUUUGGUGCUUUUACGAGCUUCGCAGUUGCAGAUGCUCUGAAGAAAGUCCACAACCUCGAACCAGUUCACGUCUUCCUGUCUGGUGCUUCUGCUCCUUAUUCAGAAAUGCGAAUCAACGCCCCAAAUAGAAGCUCUUUAACAGAUGAUGAUUUCCUCAAGUGGAUGACUUCCAUCGGAGGAACUCCUCCUGAGCUGCUGGCCAACCCUGAAGUACUGAAGCUCUUCCUUCCUGCCCUGAAGGCCGACCUGCACGUUGUGGAGAACUACAAGUGUAACAAGCUAGACAGCCCGUUUCUCUCCUGCCCAGUCACGUGUCUGGAUGGAAAGGAUGAUAUUCCUCAUGACUUACAAGCUUGGAAAGAAAUCACAACAGGAGAUUUCACUGUCAGGAUGCUCGAUGGAUCUCAUUUUUACCUAAAGGAUUCUGGAAAUGAAAAAAUAAUAUUAGACUAUGUCACAAAGCACCUGGAAACAGCCGAAAUGGACUAUUUAUGAUGAAAUAUGAAUAUUGUAUAUUGACUUACAUGUUUUUGUUACUAAUUCAUUGUGAAUCAAUUUAAUUCUGUAAAUUCCAGCUGUGUAACUUAAUGUGUUUGAGCUGUGUUGAACCCCAUUUGUAAUAAAUCUAACUUAAGAACUGUA